AUGCCCGGCUUGCUCAGCGGGCAAGACAGCUUGGCUGGGAGGAGGUCGCUGUUCCCGUUGUUGUCGAUAUUCCCCUUCCUGGCCUGUGAGGUGAAGUGCGGCGCCGCGGAACUCGAUGUUGCAGACCGGCAGAACGCCCACAGCGUGACCCUUGCAGUGCGGGCCAUCGUCGAGCUCUUUCGUGCUGUGAAUCGCGAGGAUAAGGUCAACCGCCAGAUUCCCGCCUUCUCCAUCUCGCACGACCACCGGUCAGUACGGAUCUACGGCCACUACCCGGUGAUAGCUGGCAAUGAUACCAUAUAUUACCGCCAUCCAAUCCAUACUUACGAUUUUACAACACUAGACGGAAGGGACAAAUGGACAGCUUACCAAUUCACCAAGAAUGUAUACGAUACAUGGAUGCCCGCUCACUUCAAGAACAUCUGCUCCGCCAUUGAUCAGUUACCCUCAAAUUUGGACUUUGAUGUCCCACCGCUUCUGAGGCAACCUGACUUUCCCAGGACUUGGGGAGCCUGA